ACGAGUCCACGCUAUUGGCUUUAAAGUGUGCUUGCCAUGAGAUUUGAUUUAAGCUACAGAUGCAUAAAAACUGAGAGCUUCCGUUCUCUGCCCCCUGGAGAUACCUUUGUUCUCUAGGUCAUCAUUGCACCGUAAACUCAAAGGUUUCGUGUGCAGUCUUGUCCCCUGCUUUUAGUUGCUGCAGAUACAAUCUUUCGAGGUUGUCCCUUUUGUUUUGCGUCCUGUACCUUUGCGAAACAUGCCCAAAGAUCCUGCACCUACGGUGACUCCUCGCACCGCCAUCAUCGGCGCGCACCAGGGAAAUGGUGUUAGCGUUGGUGGAACUGGAGGUAAACUCAGUCGGUCUGGAUCGUCCUCGAAGAGCGGAUCCAUCUUGUCCGGCCGACUUGCAGCAAUCAUCCUGGUGGCAGCCGUGCUCUUAGCCACGGAUUGGAUCCCAGCCAAAUCCUACUUGGGUUCGGUCAAGAGGCACCUUUCUGAUUCAUACACUGCCAUCCGGUAUCUCCCGACUGGCUUUCAGGUUGUCGCUUUCGGUAGCAUCCUCGUGGCUGGUUUCUUCACAAUCACAGCUGGGAAGCCCUAUGUCGUCUUUGCUUGGAACUGCUUCAUCAAGCCGUUUUUGAAAAAGAAGCCCACUGGGAUCGAUUCAGAUGAACAUCAAAAGCGCCUUGAACAGUUUUACGAAGGCCAGGCUGAAGUGUACGAUGUGACGCGUAAAAGACUGCUUCGCGGCCGGAGCACAAUGCUGAGGCUCUGUGGCGCUCAACUUCAACAGGUAUACCCUGCGGCAUCCGAGAAUGACGUGGCAGCCAAGACCGAACUCUUUUCCAAGCAGCCUUCUGUCCUCCCGUCUCCGCCGUCUUCUCCGACUUUCCCCAACGCACCUAGCAAGCGCACCGCCUGGAUCGAUGUUGGUGGCGGGACGGGCGAGAAUAUCGAAAAGAUGAACGCGACAUUUCCCAUCUCCAACUUUACUCGAGUGUAUUUGGUGGACAUUACACCUUCCUUGUGCGAAGUUGCGCGGCAACGGUUCCAGCGCUUGGGUUGGAACAACGUUCGUGUUCUCUGCAUGGAUGCAUCCAAAUUUGCGAUUCCCGAGGAAGAUGGCCCAGAAGAUCUUGAGAUUGCCUUGAUUACAAUGUCCUACUCUCUGUCCAUGAUUGAAACCUUUUACCCGCUGAUUGAUCGUCUCGCACAAGUAUUGAGUCCUAACGGCAUAUUUGGUAUCGCUGAUUUCUACGUUUCCCAAAAGCGAUCUGCGGACCCAAGCCGCCAACUCAGCUGGUUGAUGCGCUGGUUCUGGUCGAUUUGGUUUGACUUUGACAACGUAUAUCUGCACCCAUGUCGCCGAGAAUAUCUCGAACACAAAUUCAAAACCGUAAAGUCAUUCAACGGCAAAAACAAGUUCAUCAAGCCCUUUGUCAAGAUACCCUACUACGUGUGGAUUGGUGCCAAGCAAGAGCAGACUAUACCCACCUUCAAGCUCGAAGCUGCGGCUUUGAACGGAUCAGGAUCGGACAGUGAGAGCGAGUUGUACAAAUGUCCCCCCGAGGUUCCGCUGCCAGCCGAAAAAGUCCUACCGGUAGCGUGCCAAGGCAACGGGCAUGUGCUUUCGGAUCAUAUUCACGGUCAUGGCUACCGAUGGCGCCAACCCUUUGACCCAAAGUUGCUUUCCCGAUUCUCCACUUACAUUUAUGCGUUUGCUUGGGAAGAUCCUCGCGUGGAUUUGGAGUUUAUGGAGCUUACACCUAAUGACCGAAUGUUGGUCAUUACAUCUGGAGGAUGUAACGUUCUGGAGUACGCUGCCAAAGUCGGGCCGGCUCGUAUCCAUGCGGUUGACCUGAACCCAUGCCAGAACAAUAUGCUGGAGUUGAAGCUGGCCGGUAUAUCUAGCCUCGAGUUUUCAGAGUUUUGGAAGUUGUUUGGUGAAGGCCAUAUUCCAAACUUUGAGAGUGUCCUCGACACCAAGCUGUCUCCCUUCCUCAGUCCUUCUGCCUUCUCGUUCUGGAAAGAAAAUGCUGGCUUCAGUAACCUCUUCCAGACCGGAUGCUCCGGAUUGGCUAUUCGGGUUUUCCAAUUCGUUAUCAAGCUUCGUGGUUUAAGGGACGCUGUCCGAAGGAUGUGCAGUGCUGUCACUUUGGAUGAGCAAAAACAGAUCUGGAAAGAAGAGAUUCGGCCCCACUUUUUGAGCACAUGGCUUAUUACUCUCCUUAACAAUGAUCGAUUCCUUUGGGGUGCUUUGGGCGUUCCGCCGGCUCAGAUGCAGAUGCUGAUUGAAGAAGGCACGGCGUAUGAAUACAUUGUCAACACUUUUGAUCCUGUGAUCGAAAAUACCCAUCUUCGCACCGACAACUACUUUUACUACCUCCCUCUCAUGCUUAAAUACAACCCUCGUAAUGUUCCCGCAUAUUUAUCUAAAGAAGGAUACCGAGCCCUCCAAACCCAACCUGCUCGCCUCAACGCCAUCAAAAUUCACACGGACGUUAUUGUAUCUGUUCUCGAGCGCGAAUGUGAGGACGGAGAACUGACUCGCAUUAUUCUUAUGGACCAUCUUGACUGGUUCUCGCACGAGGAUGCCGAAGCCGAGAUUGGUAUGGUGGCCCGCAAGUGCGCUACUGGAGGAAGAGUCUAUUGGCGAUCAGCCGGCAAGAGGCCUUGGUACAAUAUUAUUUUCGAGCAGAAAGGAUUUGAUGUCAAGCCCCUGCAGAUCCGGGAGGGCUCGACAAUGUACAUUGAUCGCGUGAAUAUGUAUGCUAGUUUAUGGUGUGGAAUCAAGCUUUGAUGAUGGGGGUUUGCUCUUAGAUCUUUUUAGAGAGAGAUGGGAAAUGGGAAGUACGGUUUUUUUUUUACUUUCACUUUUUUGUACAGCUUUGGGGAUGGAUAAUUACUUGAAUAAUGGCAAUUAGUGGGUGAAUGCAAGAUAAAAUAACGAUAAAUACAAUACUAUUUAUCCCAUAAUCUUGAUAAAACAAAGUAG